AUGAGCUCGAAGAAGUCAUUGUCGAAGAUGUUUCGCAAGCGGUCAAAGAACUCGAGUCAGGAGAAGCGGCAGAACCCUCGCGAAAGAGCCAAGGCUGAGCAAUUCAUGACCGAUUAUGAUUUAUCAAAUGUAUGCAAUCAUUUGGAAGCUUUGAUGAAUUCUUCAAGAUUUGGAAACACUGAUCUUUUAUACAAACUAUAUAUUCACCAUAUUGACUUGAAAAUGACGGAUGAGUCGGGAAAUACAGCGAUGCAUGUUGCUGUAAUGAAUUGCCAACAAAAAGUAUGCCGGAUGCUCAUUGUUCUUUGUGCACCCUACCAAAUAUGGAAAGUGCAAAAUAAGGCGGGACUCACUUCUCUAGAUCUCUGCACCGACGAGAAAAUCCGCGAAGAUCUGAUGUCGCUCGAACCCGUCCUUGAAAAAACGCAAGAAGGAUUUGUAAACGUUGACGAUCAUUUCAAUGAUGUGCUUGUGGAAUCGAAAAAGUCAUGGGAGCCGAAUGAGCGAGUUCUGUUUGCUCUAGAUGGUGGCGGAAUUCGAGCAGUCAUCACAAUGCAGAUUCUGAUUCAUAUUGAUAACAUGCUGAACGGAAAAUUGGUUGAUUAUAUUGAUGAUAUUGGAGGAACUAGUUGUGGCGGAGUCAUUAGUCUAUUAAUCUCGAGUAAAAAUCGAAAAGUUGAGGAUAUUCGAAAACUGCUGCUCGAUAUGCGCGAAAAGGUGUUUAUUAAGCAGACGGGAAAAGUCGUUUGGCCAAAGUACAGCGCGACUGGCAUUGAAUACGUGGCAAAGCAUGUGACAGCAUGGGAGAAUUCGAAAAUGAGCAUUAUCAAAAAGAUGCGGACAUUUGUGACAGUCGCUGACACGAGAAUGGUCCCACCGCAAUUGUUGUUGUUUCGAUCCUAUAUGCCUGAUAUGCCGGAAGAAGCUAGGGAACAUUACAAAUUUUUUGAUCCUGAAAAAGUCGAGCUGUGGAAAGCACUCCGAUGUACGACAGCUGCUCCAUUUUUCUUCGAAUCGUUCCAUGGUUUGUCGGAUGGUGGUCUCAUUGCGAAUAAUCCCACAUUGGCAUUGAUCUCGGAUUUUCUUUUGACGAACAAACUCGAAAAAACGUUUGCGAAAAACGAGAAGGAACGCGAUGAAAAGGGGAAUUGGAAAAUUGGAUGUGUGGUCUCGAUCGGCACCGGCAUUUUCCCCACCGAAAAAAUCGACGGCAUCGAUUUGAGUAUUCCCCACGUGAAAAAUCCUUUCAAUUUCGCCAAAUCGUUUUAUAAGGCAAUCGGAAACACUAAAAAUAUGCUUAAUAUGCUUGUCAAAGAGUGUACGGCGUCUAAUGGGCAGCCAGUUCGAUACGCCAGAGAAUGGUGUCACUCGAUAAAUAUUCCAUAUUUUAGAUUUUCUCCGCAUCUUUCGCAAGGAAUUGCUCUUGACGAAUUGGAUCUCAAUAAGAUCAUGCAGGUCAUGUGGGAAACUGAGCAAUACAUUGCCACCCAUAAUUACGCCCUCAUGAAAAUGGCAAAUUUUUUGAAGAAGAAGCCUCGACGCGAGGAAGAAGCAGACAUUGUGCUCACACCGCCGCUGGAUACAUGGAACACGGAAGCGUCGAUUAGCGAAAAUCCCACCGAUUCAACAUUAACCGAACCCCCGCUAAAGCAAUAA